AUGCCGGAUUUAGCGGUAGAAAAUGUGGUAGUUCACCCCCUGGUGCUACUCAGCGUGGUGGAUCACUUCAACAGGAUAGGGAAGGUUGGAAACCAGAAGCGAGUGGUUGGUGUUCUUCUUGGAUCGUGGCACAAAAAGGUCCUUGAUGUUUCAAAUAGCUUUGCAGUGCCAUUUGACGAAGAUGACAAAGACGACUCUGUGUGGUUCUUGGACCAUGAUUACUUAGAGAAUAUGUACGGCAUGUUUAAGAAAGUAAAUGCCAGAGAACGGAUAGUUGGAUGGUACCAUACAGGGCCAAAGUUACAUAAAAAUGACAUUGCCAUCAAUGAGCUCAUCAAACAGUACUGCACUAACUCGGUAUUAGUCAUCAUAGAUGUAAAACCAAAAGAUUUGGGUCUGCCGACAGAAGCAUACUUCUCAGUGGAGGAAAUCCAUGACGAUGGAACCCCCACAUCCAGGACAUUUGAACAUGUUACUAGUGAGAUCGGUGCAGAGGAAGCAGAAGAGGUCGGAGUGGAGCAUUUGCUGAGAGAUAUUAAAGACACAACAGUGGGCACAUUGUCCCAGCGCAUCACAAACCAGGUCCACGGCCUAAAAGGACUGAACUCAAAGCUGCUGGACAUCCGCUCUUACCUGGAGAGAGUCACAGCAGGAAAACUGCCCAUCAAUCACCAGAUCAUCUACCAGCUACAGGAUGUCUUCAACCUGCUGCCAGAUGUUAACUUACUGGAGUUCACCAAAGCCUUCUACCUAAAGACCAACGACCAGAUGCUGGUGGUGUACUUGGCGUCGCUGAUCCGCUCCGUGGUGGCCCUGCACAACCUCAUCAACAACAAGAUCGCCAACCGGGACGCAGAGAAGAAGGAAGGCCAGGAGAAGGACGACAGCAAGAAGGAGAAGAAGGAAGACAAGGAGAAGAAAGACGACAAAGACAAGGACAAGGACAAGGAGAAGACGGACGCGGCCAAGAAGGACGACAAGAAGAAGAAGUGA